AUGGCCAUGGUGGAGAGGAGGUAUGGUCCCUGUGCCAGCCAUGGCUUCUUCCUCCUACGGCUGCUGCUGCCGUUCUUGUUCUUCUUCUCCUUUAUUGAUGUGCCACCGGCCGCCGCCACCACCACCAUCACCACCACGCAAUCGCCUCCACUGACCGACACGCAAAAGUCCAUCAUGAAUGAUAUUGCGAGUCUGGUGAACUCUGAAUCCGCUUCCGCCAACACCAGGUGGAACGCUGCAGACAAUCCAUGCAACUGGACAGGAAACAGUUGCAGAAAUUCCAGUUCUUUCUCGGCCGUCACUAGCAUCAGCUUGUCAAACUAUGGCCUAUCCGACUCCUCCAUCUUUGCCCACCUUUGCCGGCUUGACACCUUGCAGUCCCUUGACCUCUCCCAAAAUUCCUUCACAAAUUUGUCCGCCCAGUUCUUCGCCAAUUCUUCUUGCUCCAUGAAAAAAGGGUUGCAGUCACUUAAUCUGAGCACCAAUCAGUUGGCUAAUUCGCUCAGUGAUUUAUCCCACUUCCCCCAGCUAGAAGUUCUUGAUUUGUCCUUCAAUUUCUUUGCCAGUAGAAAUCUCAGUGCAGACUUGGGUUAUUUUCACAAAUUAAAGAGCUUCAACGCUAGUACCAAUAAGUUGAGUGGUGAUGUUCCUACCAGUAUGGUCGGCUCUUUGCUGGAGUUGGUAUUGUCUGGUAAUCAACUGAGUGGUUCAAUCCCUCUGGGUUUGUUUAGAUAUGAAAAUCUUACUCUGCUAGAUCUCAGCCAGAAUUAUCUAACUGGUCCUGUCCCAGAUGAGUUCAUGAGUCUCCCCAAGCUCGAGACUUUGCUUCUUUCAGGCAAUAAACUGAUCGGGGAAAUACCAGCGAGCCUCUCAAAUGUGACAACGCUGUCUAGGUUUGCAGCCAACCAGAACUAUUUGACUGGUCCAAUAGCCAGCUGGAUUACCAAGCACGUAAGGAUGUUGGAUCUGAGUUACAACAAUCUGAGUGGGACGAUCCCCUCGGAUUUCCUCUUGCAUCAGGGGUUGCAGAGUGUUGAUCUUACGGGCAACAUGCUUAGCGGAGCUAUUCCUGGCACCUUAUCUCAAAGCCUCUACCGCUUGAGGCUUGGUGGAAACCAGCUUGGUGAGAACAUCCCAGUGUCAGUUUGUGAUACCUUGAGCAUGACUUUUCUUGAUUUGGAUGGUAAUCAGUUAAUAGGAAAUAUACCUCCAGAGCUUGGCGGAUGCAAGAGCUUAUCGUUGUUGAAUCUGGCAUCAAAUAAUUUGAAUGGUUCAGUGCCUGAUUCCAUAGGGAAGCUUGACAAACUGGUAGUGCUGAAGCUUCAAAAAAACAACCUCAGUGGUCCAAUUCCAAGUACAUUUUCUGAUUUGAAAAUCCUUAGCACAUUGAAUCUUAGUCAGAAUUCACUCAGUGGAGAGAUACCGAGUGGAAUUUUCGAGCUACCAAAGCUUUCAAACUUGUAUUUGCAGGGUAACAAUAUCAGCGGACCUAUUCCGAUCUCAAUCAGUUCAUCGAACUAUCUAAUCGAGCUCAAUCUGGGUGAUAAUGCUCUGACUGGUACCAUCCCAACCAUGCCAACAACUGUGACUACAUCUCUUCUUAAUCUUAGUCAUAACCAUCUUAACGGGCACAUUCCUUCAAACAUCAACUCUUUAAGUGAAUUGGAGAUUCUUGAUCUUUCACACAACUACCUGUCUGGUGAUGUGCCAUCUUCACUAGGGAGCCUGCAAAGCCUGACACUGCUGGAGCUUUCUUAUAAUAAUCUGUCUGGGCCUGUUCCUAGAUUCCGCCCAAAUCAAAAUUUGGAUAUUGAUGUUGUCGGAAAUCCUGGUCUUGUAAAUGGUACAGAAAACAAUAAUGACACUCCUACUACUGGUAAGAAAAAAAGGCACUAUUUCGUCAUCAUCAUCUUCACUAUUGCCGGUGCUCUUGUUGGAUUAUGUGUGCUUGCUGUUAUUGUUAUGAUCUUAUCAAAGAGAAUAUAUCGUGUUGAAGAAAGGAUACCUGCUGGGGAGGGUGUCGCUCAAAUCACUAAGGGUGUCCUCAUAACAAUGAACUGCUUCCGCACCUCUGCGAUUAUGUUCAUGAAAGAAGAGUGGGAUGAAUGGCGAAUUAUAGCUUUCCAGACUCUGAACUUCGAGGCUGCAGACAUACUCCAGGGACUAAAUGAAGAGAACCUUGUUGGCAGCGGUGGUUCAGGGCAGGUUUACCGCGUCACAUACACCAACCGGUACAACAGGAGCAUCGGGGUGGUGGCCGUGAAGCAGAUACGAAGCUUUGGGUCUCUGGACGAGUUGAUGAAGCAUGAGUUUGAGUCCGAGGCUAGCAUCCUGUGCAACAUCCGGCACAACAACAUUGUCAAGCUGCUGUGCUGCUUUUCUGGCACGGACUCUAAGCUCCUCGUGUAUGAUUACAUGGACAACGGCAGCCUGGACAGAUGGCUCCAUGGCGAUUACGUCCUCCGUGCACGGCACCCUAUGGCGAGGGUGCGGCCUGUGCAGCGUGUGCCGUUGGACUGGCCAACGAGGCUCAUAGUGGCUGUCGGGGCAGCGCAGGGGCUGUGCUACAUGCACCACCAUUGCUCGCCUCCCAUCAUUCACCGGGACGUCAAGACGAGCAAUAUCCUGCUGGACUCGGAGUUCCGGGCUAAGGUUGCGGACUUCGGGCUGGCUAGGAUGCUGAUGCAAGCAGGGGAACCCAACACGAUGACCUGGGUAGUUGGAUCAUUCGGCUACAUGGCUCCUGAGUAUGCUUACAUGAGGAAGGUGAAUGAGAAAGUGGAUGUUUUCGGCUUUGGUGUUGUGCUCUUGGAGCUCACAACUGACAAGAAUGCCAACGAUGGUGGCGAUCACGGUUCCCUGGCAGAAUGGGCAGGGCAUCACUCCCGAUCAGGGGCGAGUAUCCCUGAUGCUACAGACAUCUGCACCAGAUAUGCAGGGUAUGCUGACGAGAUUGAGACCGUGUUCAGGCUGGGCGUGAAAUGCACGGCUAACUCACCGUCCUCACGACCUACUAUGGAGGAUGUGCUGCAGAUUUUACUCAAAUGCAGCGAGCAGACGCUCAGGAAAAGCAGACUGGAGUGUACUCCGUAG